CAAUGACCACUGUAUCAAAGUCCAACUACAAGAUACACAGAUCGACAGACUUCCCAAGUUUACGCAAUGAUUUGAUAUUACAAGCUGCAGCUGGAAAGAAGACAGUGAGAGCACCUACAUGGAUAAUGAGACAAGCUGGGAGGUACCUGCCAGAGUUCAGAAAACUCAGAGAGUCACACUCGUUCUUCGAAAUCUGUCAAACACCUGAAUUAGCGUGUGAGAUUACUAUGCAACCUAUAUUACGUUAUGAAGGUUUAUUAGACGCUUCUAUAAUCUUCUCAGAUAUCCUCGUCGUCCCACAAGCAAUGGGAUUGGAAGUUCAAAUGUUACCAGCCCAAGGACCACAUUUCCCCGCACCUUUGGAUACUCCAGACGAUAUAAAGCGUCUGCAUGAACACGUAGAUAUCGACAAAGAGCUCGGAUAUGUAUUUGAAGCUAUCAGCCUCACGAGGAAGACACUUGACGGACGCGUACCGUUAAUCGGAUUCGCAGGUGCUCCAUGGACACUUUUCGCAUACAUGGUCGAAGGCGGCGGCAGCAAGACAUUCUCAAAAGCUAAGAAAUGGUUGUUCGACUACCCAGAAGCUAGUUUGGAUGUCCUUAACCGUACGACUGACGUUAUCGUCAAAUACCUCGUCGGACAGGUUAGAGCGGGUGCCCAAUUAUUACAGGUGUUUGAUAGCUGGGCUAGUGAGCUUAGUCAUUAUCAUUAUGAGCAAUUCUCAUUGCCAUUUUUAAGGAAAAUUAGCAAAGAAGUACGUCAAGAGUGCGAAGAACAAGGCCUUGAGAGUGUACCACUUAUCGUAUUUGCAAAGGGAGUCACGCAUACUGUAUUACCUCUCUUGGAAGAUAGUGGAUACAACGUUAUCGGUCUCGAUUGGACGACUUCACCGUUGAAUUUAAGCGAGAAUGUUAAUGCAGUACAGGGUAACUUUGAUCCAAACAUUUUGUACGCAAACGACCAAGCUAUUGAUGAGCAAGUAAAGGUCGUUGUUGAAGAAUUUAAGAAGAGGAAGACACCAGGCUGGAUAUCAAACCUUGGACAUGGUAUCACACCAGGCGUGAAGCCAGAAUCAUUGAGAGUUUUCUUGGAAGCUGUUCAAAAGUAUACGAAGGACUAAUUUGUGUUUUAUUUAUUUACUUGUUUCAUUGAUAACAACCAUUAUGGUCGUGCAUUCU